AUGAUCCGGAAACAGGCUCGACAACGGCGCGACUACCUCUAUCGCAAGGCGCUUAUAUUGAAAGAGGCGGAGACGACCGAGAAGCGCGCCCAGCUACGAUCUGCCCUUGCUUCUGGCAAGCCCAUCGACCCCGAAAUCGCAAAGAACAAGGCGCUGCGGAAAGACUACCAAUAUGACGAGUCGCGACCCGAUCGAACAGUCGAUGAGGAGAUGGAUCUCGACGACGAAUACUCCCAGUUGUCGGGAAUAUCAGAGCCACGCCUUUUGGUUACAACUUCAAGAGACCCGUCCUCAAGGCUUUCAGCCUUCUCGAAGGAGAUUAGAUUACUCUUCCCUACAUCCGUUCGGCUCAACCGUGGAAAUUUGAUUCUGCCGGAUAUUGUGCAGUCAAGCAAGUCCAACGGGCUCACGGACAUUGUCCUCCUUCACGAACAUCGCGGUGUACCGACUGCCAUGACCAUUUCUCAUCUCCCACACGGCCCUACGCUAUCAAUGUCGCUCCAUAACGUUGUACUCAGAGCAGAUAUACCCGGAAGUAUCAGAGGAUCUGUCUCAGAAGCUUUCCCACGGUUAAUAUUUGAGGGUUUCAAGAGUCGGCUUGGACAGCGGGUCGUGAAGAUCCUGAAGCAUCUUUUCCCUCCGCUCGAUCCCCCGACCACCAAGGCUAAGGUAGGGUCAAGGGUAGUGACAUUUGUGAAUAACGAAGACUCUAUUGAAGUCAGACAUCACGUUUUUGUCCGGACCUCGUACGAUUCUGUCGAGCUUGCUGAGGUUGGACCUCGGAUGACAAUGCGCCCCUUCGAGAUUCGCGGUGGUACCUUGGAAAACAAGGAUGGCGAUGUUGAGUGGCACCUUACACAGUACACUCGUACUGGUAGAAAGAAGGAGUAUCUGUGA